AUGGCAGGUUUAGUCUCUGUUGUGGGUUUGGUGGUAAUGCUCAAGGCUCUUAUGCAUGCCCAUGGCCAGCGUGCAGCGUUCCUGGGGAUGACAGUGUUGGUAACCGUGAUCGCAGCUGACUCACCAGUUGCAGAUGAGUCUCUAUUGGGAUCCCCACACCACUCCAAGGGAUUUCUCCCAGAUGUUCCAAUUUCAACAGGGUCCUCACCAUCAGCCUUACCAGCCUCACAUACUACUGCCUUUGGGAGGCCAGACUCACCUGGUGCCCUGCCAUCCAUUCCUGAACCCGACCAUGAAGCCAGGACUGCUGACAACAUGCAUUUUCAGUGGGGACAUCGUCUUUCCACUGCAUCAUUAAGUCCCUCCGAACAUGUAUUGGGGUCGAGUCCACAAUUUGAGGCACCAGCUAAACUCUCAUCAGACUGGAAGGUUGCCAGGAUAAAUUUUGCCCAGCAAGCUUCCUCUCUCUCUCCAACUCCUACAAGAUCUCAGCUGCAGCCCCAGUCAAAUAUAUCUAUAACAUCCAACAUAAGCUCUUCAGCUUUUACAAAGUCAGUAACACCAGAGCUCAGUUUUACCUCUGAGCAACAAGUUCGUGAUGCACCUUUGUCAGCUUUCAGCAAGCAACAGAAUGGGGCAUCAGAGCAAACACUAGGAAUAAUAACUUCACCUCCUGGUCAGGCUCUUGAGACUCCUAAAUUGGCUUUCACUGACUCUCCAUCAGAUGAAUCAUAUAUUUCAGAUCAUGUUGUACUUGACCCUGAGCUUCCAGUAAAUGCUCCAGGUAAAAUUCAGGAUGUGAACCCGCUGAACCCUAGCAUUGCCCCCUUUCAGCAGUACAAAGCAGCACAUGAUCUAAACAUGCUACCCAACCAAGAUGAGCUUCUGGCCCCUAGCUACAAUGUGCCUUUUAUCGGCCCCCACCCUACAUUACCUGCAUCUGAACCCACUGAGGUCUCUCCAGAGGACUUCUACCCCACCAACACCAUGGAAUUCGACUGGGGGUCUGGGGACUAUCUGGAGACAAUGUCGUUCAUGAAUUCAGACGGCGACGACUACUCUCUGGUCACCAAGGUGCCCUCUGACCCAUAUGAUCUGGAGGACUAUACAGAAACCUAUGAUACAUCUUUCCCUUCUAGGGCGGGCAUAUCCCCUUCAUCCUUGAAUCCUCUUCACAUCUCACCAUCUUCCAGCCUCAUGACAGCAUACAGCACCAUUCUCCCAAUGAAAUCCAUUCAUCCUUCCUCUUUGUCCUCUACAGUUCACUAUACACUAGAACCUACUCCUACAAUCCACAGUGAUAUAGCCGAAGCAUCAGACAUAGAUUGGGCAGAUACUUUCAGCAUUCAACCAACAGACGUCCUCUUACCUGACAUGAACAGCUUGGAGUAUUACACCACUCAGUUGACCAAGGACAACACUGGAUCAGAGGGUGGAGCUGAACAAAGAGGGAAUGUUACUGUGGUGUCCAUCAGUACUACAGACAUCACACCCACCGGCAGCUUAACCAAUGACACCAAAUCGACUGAGGAUGAGUCCUCAAGUGAUCUGUCAGGGUUUGAACAAAAUGACGAAACACUGUUUACCACAGAAGAGAGUCCUCAGCCGGUCAAUUUCACAGAGCCUUUUCUACAUCCUUCCAUAGUCACGACCCCCUUCUUUGAUUCCUCAUCCUCCAUCUGGAUCAGUCAAGUGUCCACCGAAGAUUGGUCCGCAGCUACUCUUACAAUUGGCCUGAGCAGCACUACACCAACAGCAGCUAUACUACCUGGUGCUACAGUUUUACUACCAGAUGAUGUAACGUCUUCCUCUUUGACAGAUGUCCAUUGGUUUGUUACAGAGUCUUUCCCUCAAAAUACCAUACACACCACUCCUGUCUUAAGUGCGACAACAGCCUUCUCCCCUGUUCCCACUGAACAGCCUGCCAACACAACUGCUGGUACAACAGACACUUAUCCUCAAGGCACUACUAUUACAACCGAACCAACUCUUAAUAUCACUUUAGCUUCAACUCAACCCACAUCUAAUGUCACAUUGGUCUCCCCUAUAAUGGUGGGUGAUCAAGGGGUGACUGAAGAUGGAGUUGACAACCCAUUCACAAUGACCUCAAUUCCUGCUAGCAGUGAAGCUAACACAAUCUCCGCUGUACCCACAACUACAACUGCCACCACUACUACUCGUCAAGCAACAACCGGAGCUACUGUUACCACAAAAGCAUCCACAAGUGUCAACAUCAUCUCUACCACUAGUGGCAAGGCACCGACUACAGCAACAACAUCAAGGCAGUACCUGUGCAACGUUGACAAGCCUGCCUAUUUAGUUAAAGUUGGUUUUCCCUCUGGAGCCACUGUUGGAUAUGCCAAGUCCCAAGUUAAAGACAUCCUUAAAUUGGAGUUCAACAAAUCAGUUGAGCUGCAGGUUAUCAGCCCCCCACCAAAGUUUGUGUUUCGGGUAGUGUCUGGUCCAGUUGUGUACACAGCCAUAUCUAUCAUCAAUGCGCUGCGAAAGUCCGGCCGUCGCUUCCUGUCCAUUUCUCCCAACUGGACAACACCAGACAAUAAAUAUCAAGUCCACACAGUCCUGCAGUUUGUUCCUGGUCAUGUAGAUGUGCGGUACUGCAACUUUAGUGAGAGCAUUGAGAAAGGUUUGACCAUGGCCUUUGCUGAAGUUCGUCGGCGCUCAAAGGAGUCAACCAACUUCACAGUGCAUAUUCUUAACAUCAACAUGACCCCUAAGUAUCAGGAACAACGGCUGAUGAGGCAGCCGGUGGACAUCACUUUCACUGUGAAAGUUUCAAGGGGUCAUCUAGCAGGGUCAGAGGUCAGCAAUUCUCUGAUGAAGCUCACCAUGGUGGAAUUCAGCUACUACAUGGGCUUUCCUGUUCUACAGAUUGCUGAGCCUUUCCAUUAUCCAGAGUUGAAUACCAGCCAGUAUUUUCGCUCCUCCUGGGUUAAAACAGUUCUCCUGGGUGUACUGGACCAGAAAGUAGCUGAGAGGACAUUUCAAGCCAACAUAGAGCGCCGUGUGGCCAUGUUACUUGGGGAAGCCAUGGGAUCAGUCAGACGUGUUAAGAGAGCCACCACCAUAGGGAACAACAGCGUUCAGGUUGUAAGUAUGAACCGGCUGGGGGGAGUGGACCAACCCUUGGAGGUUGUGUAUUUUGUGGAGGGUCCCAGUGGUCAGAGGAUGCCUGCAGUCAGAACAGCCAACCUACUCAACAGCUUGGACGUUCAAAAGGCUGCCAUCGUCUUGGGAUAUCGUGUACAGGGCAUUUUAGCUCAACCUGUAGAGAAGGUGGCGUCCUCACCGUCCGACAGUGAGAACACCAACAUGUGGAUCGUCAUCGGGGUGGUGAUCCCCCUCCUGGUGGUCAUCGUCAUCAUUUCCAUCCUGUACUGGAAACUGUGUCGGACAGACAAGCUGGAGUUCCAGCCAGAUGCCAUGACCUCCAUCCAGCAGAGACAGAAGUCUGCUGCCUCGCUCAGAGAAUCAAGGAGUCCUCUUCCACAGCUACUCACUCCAAGUAAGAGGGGGGGAGAGUUUAGUGAAGAAGAAGAAGAAGAAGAAUAUGAGGAGGAAGAGGAGGAGGAGGAUGAAGAAGAAGAGGAGGAGGAGGAGAAGAAAGAGAUUAAAAAGGGGAAGAGACCAGAAGCUCUUCCCAAGAGCAAACAGAGUUUGAGCAGCGAAGAGGAAGAAGAGGAGGAGGAAGAGGAAGAAGAAGAGGAGGAGGAGGAGGAAGAAGACGAAGACGAAGAUGACGGAAAGGAGAAAGUUAAAAGGAAAGGAUUGAAACCAGAAGAACAAAGAGGAAAAGAACAUAAGGCAAUGCAAAAGAAAAUGGGGGAGAUGACGAAAGAAGAGCAAAGAAAAGUGUUGUCUAAAGGAAAGAGAGCCAAGCAGGAGUUGCAGGCUCCUAGUGUGAAAGGCUUCGACUUUGCCAAGCUGCACCUUGGCCAGCAGAGUAAGGAUGAUGUCAUGGUGAUCCAGGAAUCUGUCCCGUCUGGACCUGGGCCCCUGCCCGUGUCCAUUAAAGAAGGCCUCAGUCCAUCUGAGAAUGGAGAGAUCCCUACCCCAAUAUCCAAAACUUCCACCAAGGCGUCCCGCAGCGGACGAAGACGAGAAAGGAUCUCGCCAUCAGACGGUGAUUCGGUGGUAAGUGACCGUUCCAGUGAGCGAGAUUCGACUGAGGAGAACCUCAGAGCCCACGCCACGCCCAGCGACAGCAAGCACAGCCGUAAGAUCCCCAUCAAUGUUUUAAAUGGCAAGAAUAGAAUUGGUCCUCCACCUAUGAACGGCACACUCGAGCAACUGUCCUCAGCCUCCAUCUUUGAACAUGUCGAUCGGAUGUCUCGUGCCACCGACGCGAGCAGGAGACUCCCCAACAAAGUCCAGCUUAUUGCCAUGCAGCCCAUGCCUGUCCCACCACUGCACAGCCCCACAGUCAAUGGCAAACUGACCGACACCAACCAAAUCAACAAAGAGAUCCAAGUUGCACUAAGGCACAAAUCCGAGAUUGAGCACCAUCGCAACAAGAUACGUCUGCGUGCCAAGAGGAAGGGCCAUUACGACUUCCCCGCAAUGGAUGACAUGAGUGGCAUCGCAGACCCCAAAGACCAGGAUCGCAUCUAUCACAAAGCACAGAUACAGAUUGAUAAGAUCCUGGACCCAAAUGCACAGAUGCCCUCCAUCUUCAUGGAGUCAAAGAAAAGUGGUCGAGGAAGGCGCUCUCCCAAACAAAGGAUGAAGGACCAGCUGAAUGGAGGCAUGAUGGAUGCAGACAAAGACCACCUCAUCACUGAUGACACUGAUGCAGUUUACAGAAAGUGCCCUGGGGUCAACAAUGUGGCCUACGUGUCGGACCCUGACCAAGGCCCAGGAUCCCCUCACAGGAGCCCCUCCCCCACCGAUGACGUCUUCCUGGGUCCCGCUUCCUCUCCCCCAGGUCAUGCACCUCCCCCACCCCCCUACAUGCCCCCACAGCCCUCCAUUGAGGAGGCUCGGCAGCAGAUGCACUCCCUGCUGGACGACGCCUUCGCCCUCGUGUCGCCCACCUCUCAGGGCAGCACAGCAGGGAUCACUCUCCCAGGGGUCAACACCAACCCACCUAGCACCAGCCCUCCGGCCCGUGGGCCCAGACCUUGGGGUCCCUCCUAUCCAGGUCUUAGCCCCCCUUUCCCUAGUAGGUUCACUGAGCUGAGCAUGUCCCCACCUGGAGUCCAAAGCCUGAUACCAAGGCAGGGCAUUGGCUCGAGCUACCUGCCACCAGGAGAAACAGCAGGGCACGCUGAGCAGCUCCAGCCAGACAGCCUGUACUCCAGCAGGGGCCUGUACGCUGAUGAGCUACCCUCAUCUGCCAGACCGCGACCAGUAGGGGGCACUACAGGUGCCCAGUUCCAUCAUCUUACACAGGUGGGCUUGUCCAGCCGGAUGAAUGGUUACCCAGCGGGGGUCAGGGCUCCUCCAGGCCAGAAUGGAGGCAUUGUCUGGAACAACUACCAUGAUGACAAUUUCGCCAGGGCAGAAUCUGAAAAAGAUGCAAUGCCCAGAAGUGUUAUCAGGGAGCCCUCUGCUCCCCCUGCCCACCUAGACACUGGGGUGAGCUAUCUAGCAGCCCCACCACCCAUGGAUACGGCCCCCCCCACCCAUUCCUCUGCCUCCCUGAUCAAGGCCAUCAGGGAGGAGCUGUUGCGUCUCUCCCAGAAACAGGCAGCUGUGUCCAGCUAUCACAGCUGA